UCAAUCACUCACUACUCCGGAAUUGUCUCGAAGUUUUACGUAGCACGGCGAGGAUCACCCCUGGACUUCAUUAAUGUGAUCGUCUGCAAUGGAGCACUCGAAGAACGAGCUCUAUAUCGCGUUGGACGAUUACGCGAUGCAGGACGACGAGCGAGAUUUGGAUUUCAGCCCGGGUCAGAAGCGAUCGCGCCGAGGGGUUCGUAAGAGCAAUCAUGGCUCGACGAUUCCGCUCUCAACGUCGCUUCCUUCUACAUCUGGGAUUUACAUGCCCAAAGGGAGUGAGAUGAAGAUACGCGACGACCAUAAUGCUUCUGCUGCGACGCGGGCUCAGCCAUCUGGUAACGCUCCUGUUCCCUAUGUUCGCCUUGAGAAAAGUCGUCAGAGCGCACGAGAGUGUCGUGCUCGUAAAAAGCUUCGGUACCAAUACCUCGAGGAGAUGGUCAAACAGCGAGAGAAGGCCGUCAUGGCUCUCAGAGAAGACUUCUCGAAGUACACGGAAAUGUAUCGCCUGCUCGAAAAGGGCGUAUAUUCACCGGAAAUCGACAAACUCCUCAAAGAGCACGCUGACAUGACUAAAUGAUUGAUUUGUAUUCACCUGAACCCAAGGAGGUCAUGAUCUCCUCGAGAAAUAUUUUCUUCGAGAUGUCGGAGGGAAUGCCUGGUUGAUAGGUAUACAUAUAUUCGUUCCAUAAUGGGAUGUCUCGAAUGAUAAUGCUUGGAGUCAUUUCCUCUCUGACGCCGCGGUCGCGACAGUAAUCUCCGGGCAAAUGACUCCGGCGGCGACUGUCGUGACUCGUCACUCGUAAGCUACGCGCUGAGCGCGGAUUUCGCUCAUCCCUCGCCAUUCGUUUCGUUUGUAGUCGAUUCGGAAAACAGAACCGCGGCUCUCGUAUCGCCGGACCUGCAUUCUGCGAACGGCAAAGCCUCCUGUGGCGUCCGAGUAUCUUUAUGAUGAUCAUGAUUAUGAAAGGAUCAUCCGACAACCCAGAAUCUGUUUCUGUCUGUCUGAUUCCCGACAGGGUAACUUCCAGAAGCAGGCAUAGCCCCCCGGUGAUGGACGGGAUCUAGUGCGGAAGGUUGUGACGAGAUCAUUCUCAUGAUAAUGUGAUUAGUAGGGCCCUUGCGGGAAUUUUCGGAACCGAAACUGGAGUAUAGGCAAUGAUGAGGCGCGUCAUGAUAUUCGGCACUCGCUCCCUUUCGAAAUUCUACUUGGCCCCAGCCCAAAAAAGCUAGGUACGCCCCUGAUCGUGAUACAUAUUCAUUCCCGAGACUCCCUCGGGAUGGACCUCACGGUUUGUUAUAGAAAGGCUCGCUCUAGGAGCGAUGUUAUAAAAAUCGUACGAUUGUCCCCGAGCCUGUGUGUGUCCAGGAGUGAUGACUUCCUUGAUCAGUGGGCUUUAUCGACAUGGUUCAUGGAGACGACAUCGGACAGACGAAAUGAGGAUUGGUGAAGCGAUAAAUUUUGUUUACAGAAACACGACUCCCACUUAUGCUGCGCGGCAUCCGAUCUUGGCACUGAAUAAACGGGGCCCUGGGAAGAA